AGCCUGCCAUCCAUAGAAUCAACUUAUAUAAAGAUUGCAUUCGUUUAAUUUUUGAUUUGUUAACUCUCAAAAUCAAGCAUAAUAUCAUUUAAUAUUUUAAUAAAUUGAACUUAAUACGCACUCAUCAAAAAUGAUGGUUAAUUAUAUCAAUGAAAAUUUAAACUUAUUGAAUGAUUCUUAUCAUAUUAUGAUGAUGUCAUAUCACAAUCAAUCUUGUCGAUCAUUUUGGUCGGAUCUUCGGCAAACAAUAUUUCAUCUAAUACCAUUGAACAACUAUUUUUUUACGGAAAUUUUAUGUAUUUUAUUGGGAACCUGGAUCUUUUGGAACUUACGUCGUUUAUGGUUUGAAAAAUUUAUUGAUAAUUUGAUUGCAAAUAAAAUUCUGUUCGUGGAACAUCGAUAUAAAUUUGAUGAAAAUUUCUGGGUUUCUAUACAUCGCAUAAUACUAUUCCUAUUUGCAUUGAAAAUCGUAUCAGAAACAAAUGAUUACAUCAACAUCGGAAAUCAUAAUAUAAACGUUUCGACACAAGUCAAAUUAUUUUUCUUGUUUGACAUUUGUGAGUAUAUUCGUGCAACAAUCGAAUUAGUAGUUGGUGUCAAAAAAUAUAAAGAUAAAUGGGUAUUCAUUUCACAUCAUAUGAUCACCAUUGGUUUGAUAACAUUGUCUUAUAUGACACGACAACAUUUAAUUGGCGUACUAACCAUAUACAUUCUAGAAUCUAGCUCGAUUUUUGUAUAUUCACGUUGUAUUUUAAAAUUACAAUUCGGUUGGAUACGAAAUUACUUGAGAAUGUGGCGGGUGCUAUUAUUUUUGAUAUUGUUAAUCGUAUGGACACCGAAUAGAUUAUAUGAAUAUCCGUUCAAUCUGUUACCAAAAGUAGGCCAUACAACACGUAAUUAUUGUCAACUAGAAGCAAUGUCCAUACUUAUUAUCCUUUACAGCUUCCUGUAUUUCAUCUACCUGGUCAAUAUUUAUUGGACAUUUUUAAUAAUCAAAAGUUUAUAUAUCAUUUACCAAUACGGAAUGGAAAAUUUUGAAAAUCAUCGAGAUACUGAUGUAAUGAAAAAAUCAAAACAAAAUUAA